AUGGCACGGAAAGGGAGUGCAGAUAGAUCAAUCCCUCGACACACUCGCGUUGAUGACGAGUCAUGGAUUUGGCAAAGCUACGACCCGGGUAUACAGAUUGGAGAGGGAACCUUUGGCAAAGUAUUUAAAGUGCAACACAAGGCUACUGGUGAAUAUUGGGCCAUGAAAGUGGUCAACAGAGAAAAGGCGGGUCACUCAGCUGUUACGUUGUUGGAAAGAGAAGUGAACAUUUUGAAGAAAGUCUCGCAUGAAAAUAUCAUCAGUCUUAAUGAAGUGUUUGAAACAGGAAAAAAGAUGUAUCUAGUGAUGGAAUUAUGUGAGGGCGGAGAAUUGGCUGAUGCCCUCAAAGUGAAGAAAUGUUAUAAUGAGGCUGACACCAAAGUUAUAGUGAAAAAGCUGGCUAGUGCAAUCUCAUAUCUACAUAAGAUUGAUAUAGUACAUAGAGAUUUGAAACUCGAGAAUAUAUUACUGAGUCAGAACCCAGAUGAUCCAGAUGACAAACUACAUAUAAAGGUAACCGAUUUUGGACUGUCAGUAGAGAAGGGAGGGGUUGGACAGGACAACAUGAUGCAGGAUUUCUGUGGAACACCAAUAUAUAUGUCUCCAGAAAUAAUAGAUAAUAAAACCUACAGUCAGCAGUGUGAUAUAUGGGCCAUGGGCGUCAUAGUGUAUAUUUUAUUGUGUGGCACCCCACCAUUCCGUUCAAAAGAUGAGGACACGCUGUACGAUAUGAUAAAGCGAGGGGAGAUUGAUUUCUCAGGAGAAGUAUGGAAGGGCAUUAGUGAAGAAGCCCAGGACUGUAUAAAAGGGAUGCUGAAAGUAGACCCAGCUCACAGGAAAACAGCUAGAGAGGUGUUGAACCAUCCCUGGAUAACUGGCAAAGUUAGUGAAGGCAAUCAUCAUAAUGUCCUGGAGAUGAUGAAAAUGUGGAAGGAUGAGCUGAAGGUGGAGGAGGGACAAAACAGUGCAAUAAGUAAUGGUGAUGAAACCUCCAAUACUACAGACGAUGUUGACGGUGAGACCUGCAGUCCUGUCAUACAGGAGCAAUCACCACAGAGCAGUUCAAAUAAGGCCAACGGCAAGACACAAGAUGGCACAACAAGAAAGGGAUCUGGUGGAACUAAAAAGUCUGGAGCAGGGAGUAAACCUGUGUCCAACUCAAGCCGUCCGAACAGUCAAUCCCUAAAUCCACCCAAACCUGGACCAGGAUCACGGAACUCUGUGGGGUCAGGUGCAAAAUCCCCCUCCCUUCAAAAAUCUCCAAAUACACCUACUAACAAAGGUGUCACAACUACCGGCAGGGUAGGGGCUGGGCAAGCAGCUCCCCGGGGACGAGGGACAAAGAAGUAG